AAGCAGAGGAAGGCCUAGCGUCGAGGCUAGUGUACACUGGUGCUGUGCCUUUUUAGUAGAUAAUAUGAUUGUGGUAAGAAGAUAGCCAGAUGGUUUUGAUUGCCAUUGUAAUAAUAACAGAUGUCUGGUUCAUGACUCGCUUCCGCGUCUGCUAGUAGUAAAGAAUACAUUUGAUCCACAGGUAGGUUUAAUAGGCGAGAAAUUGACCAUCUGUCGUCGCAGUCACAUCAUUGAGAGAUUUCACGUGGAGGUCGACUCCUCUAGAGGAGACCGACAAUCUAACAAUGGGCACAGUCGAGUCUAGGGUAGAACAGCAGCUGAAUGACAGUUUGAUCGCUUCUUUCCACCGCAUCAUUGGAGAGCCUACUUUGCUCGCGUGCGCACGCACACACACACACACACACACACACACACACACACACACACACACAGACACGGCUUUGGAAUGUAUAGAGAAGCGAUUACUUUAUAAUUAGAAACAAGAGCAUGCUGCUAUAAGUGAGUUUUACCGGAAAUUAUUCUAAAUAGAGUUUGAACUAUGAUGGAUGCCAUUAUAAGGUGAGGUGCUGUUAUAUCCCGAGGUAAUCAUUGUAUUCUGCGGUUGCUUUGUAUUUUGUCUAUUUUAAAGAAUGGAAGUAUAGGUGUUACCAUGUGCUAAAGUGGGGGAUGCUCCCAGCAAAGCAGCAGAACAGAGGACGAUGAAUCAUGAAGAUCUAUUGACGAAACAACUACUGGUAAGCCGAGAGGCUGCAGGAAAGUGUAUACCAUCAAUUUCAAGUUGGUGGCUCACAAAGUUUGACAAAUGUGGAUAAAACAGAGGCAUGCUUGAAGAUCUGAGAAAGGACCAUCAAGUGUCUGUUUGAAAGACGAGGAAAGCAACUGGUAGAAGAGCCAAGUUCCCACAACUUGAAGGAAGACUCAUCAAGUGGUUAGUUCUCAAGCGAAAUCAAGGGUUUGCUAAUUAGUAGAUGGCGAACCCAUCCGAAUAACAGACGCAGAAGUGAAUCAUCAGAAGAAAUCUAAAGAAUAGUGAUUGACUCAUAUUGUAUCAGAUCAAUGUUAAGGGUAGAAAUAGAAACUUCAAUUUGGUGCAUGUGGUUCUUGGGCGUAGAAGUAUCAUAGCAUGAAGGUUGGUAAAUUACCCUCACAUACAACGGCGUGCUCUUGUUUGAGAGGUUACACGCCUAUUGGCAAACAGGAAUCUUGAAUAGGGAAUGACGGAAAGACAGCUGUCAUCUAAACAGUUUGUUUACAGAGCUGUUAUACUCUUGGUUUCCGUUUGUGGAUGUAGUAGGUUUACUGCAACGCAAAUGCAGCUUCUACAUGCAUUGUUUUUAUUGGAUGUGUCAAAUUAAAUAGCAAGACAAAAAGAAAGAAAUAGCAAAACAUGACACAAGUUACACACAUUUUCUAUAACAGACAAGUACAAACUGAAAGCUUGCUACUUCCAUAUGGAUCAGAUCUCGCAUUGAUUGAAAGGCUCUUCUGUCUUUUUUUAAGACUAAUGACAGCUCAAACACCUACAUGACGUGCUGAAUGUGUCAUCCGUGUGCUGGAUGCUUUAGGCUGUGCAUCAAGUCAAGUACGUUGCAGUCGUCUGCUAACAAUAGCUCUCUUGCUAAAGCCUUGGGACUUUGACGUUAUUUUUGGUUAUACUGCACAGCACUUUCACCAAAUAGUAAAACUUGUUGAAAGAAAGAUACAAGGCCGGUAUCUUCCUGCAGGAAACCUAUGGUCCAGACAACCACAGAAGCAGAGAAUAGGCAACGAGUUGUUCAGAUGAUUUCCCGUAUCUACAUACAGUCUUACUCUCUUAGGUUUAAUCAUACCAAUUGCUGCUAACGCACCCAAAAUUCAGCGAAACAUGAUCUAUGAACUAAUCUAAGAAGGGUCUCCUUUUGAGGCUCCACGGUUGUAAUGGCACAGUCGAUACUUGCGUGAUAAUUUGGAGUCUCAGUUUGUCUUCCUUGCUAACCAACAAUCAGAGCUACGCUCAUGCCACAUGCGGGUACUAAACACGCCCACGCAGGUAAUUUCAAUGCUUUAUUUCUUCGUUAUGGUAAACUUCUGCAGUAAACGUUUGCAAACGGUUGUGGCACAAGAGCUUGAGCAUGGCUUGGGUGGACUACCAGAAAGCCUAUGACAGCAUGCCACACAGUAGGUUGCUCCAAUGCUUUCAGAUCCAUAAGAUCAGUCCAGUCUUGUGCAAGUUCUUCUCAUUUGUGAUGAAGAGUUGGAGGGCAUCGAUGGUGCUUUCUUGCGGGAACAGUAUGAUCAAGACAAGGCUUAUGCAGACCAGGAGGGGUAUUUUCCAAGGUGACUCAAUUUCUCCACUUCUCUUCUGUAUGGCUCUCAAUCCUCUGAGUAAGGAGUUAAACAGAACCGGUUACGGCUACCGGAUGACCACUGGGCAUGGUGAGACUGCCAAACGUCAGCUCAUCAGUCAUCUACUUUACAUGGAUGAUCUGAAGCUGUAUGGCAGAAACUCUGAUCAGUUGGAUGGGUUGUUGCACACAGUUCUCACCUUCUCUGAUGACAUCCAGAUGAAGUUUAGUCUGGACAAAUGUGCUGUUGCAUACUUUGUCAACGGCAGACUAUCUGGACACAACUCUGGAGUGACGGUAGGAAAAACGAACACCAUCAACUGUCUGGAACUGGGUCAAGUCUACAAGUACUUGGGUGUAGAUGAGAGUAACUGCAUUCAGCACAGCCUGAUGCUGGAGAGACUCCGUCGUGAGUACUUCCGCAGAGUGAAGGUGGUUCUCCGGACUGAGUUGUAUGGUCAGAACAAGAUUCUAGCCAUCAAUUGGUUUGCACUACCAGUUCUCAAUUUCCUUUUUUGGCGUCAUUCAUUGGGAGUACACGGACCUGCAGCAGCUCGAUUGACGGACCAGAAAGCUCCUCUCUAUGCACGGUGUCUACCAUCCUGCUGCAGACAUAGACCGACUGUACGCUCCUUGCAGUGUUGGGGUAGGGGUUACAACAGAUUGAGUCGACAUAUCAAUCUUGUAUUGUGAGGCUCAACUGUUACCUUGCUGACUGUUCUGAUCUAUUCAUACAGAUGAUACGGGAGUGUGACUCCGGAAAAUCUUUGCACUCAAUCAGGCGCAUGGCUUGUCGGUUUACUGCACAGCUGCAGAGGAGUCUUGCUUCAGACGACAAGUCGCAGAGCUUACACAGGAAUGCAUCCAUCUGGGUUGAAGGUGGCUUCGAGCAAGCGCCUGAAACAGAUGCGAGACAUUACCGUACGUGUUGCAGUUCUCUUUGUGUGCGGUUCUGGAACGGGAAGCCUAUGCACUGGCAGUAUCGCCGUCUCACUGAGCAACCACCUGUGGACAUGAAAGAGACCUACGGAUGGCUAAAGGCAGCGAAUCUUCCUGCUGCAACUGAUGGACUGGUUGUUGCACCAAACUCUUGGGACUCGGUACUAUGAGCGCAAGAUUCUACAUUGUGAUGUCAGUCCUACUUGCCGCAUGUGCAGUGUAGGCCUUGAAACAGUCGACCACAUUGUGGCAGGCUGUAAGGCUUUGGCACCGACGGACUACACUGAUCGACACAAUCAGGUGGCCUCCAUCAUUCACUGGGAUGUUUUUCGUCAUCUUGGGGUUUGAGUGGAGAGCAGAUGGUAUUGGCAUCAUCCUGAUAGGCUUAUGGAGACGGAUGACAUUACUAUGAUGUGGGAUACCGCCAUCCUCGCUGCAAGGAAGAUCAAAGCCAAUCGUCCAGACAUCUGUUUCAGAAAUAAGAAGACAAACACUUGUCUUCUUAUGGAUAUCAGCUGUCCUGAUGGCAGCAUUGGCAAGAAACAUGCUGAGAAGUUGGCGAAGUACAGCGACUUGCGAGUGGAGAUAAGUUGCAUGUGGCAUUGUCGAACACUGGUGGUUUCGGUGGUCUUGGAAGCUUUGGGCACAGUUCAAGCAGGUAUUGCACGGUGGCUGGACAUUAUUCCAGGUCAUCACAACCUGCAGCACUUACAGAAAACAGUGCUUCUGGGAUCUACUCGGAUCCUUCGUAAAGUCUUGUCUUCUGUCUAGACAGCCGUGAUGGUCUAAGUACUUCUGAAGCAGGGUUUGCUUCUGGUACUUGUAAUAGACUUUACAAACCGGACUGAUCUGGUUGAGCACGACAUAAUUAUUGUUUGUAUGCAUAAAUGACACAUCUGUGUCUCCAAAGCCUAAGUCUGCUGGACACUGUGUGUGUGUGUGUGCGUGCGUGCGUGUGUGUGUGUGUGUGUGUGUGUGUGAGUGAGUGAGUGUGGUGACUUUACGUAGUUAGCUGUGAGUUUGUGUAGGUGUGUUGUAGUGUUUAGUUUGUAUUAGUGAUAGUGAUGCACAAGUUUUCUUGCGAGUGACUGUCAGAUAAAGUGUGUUUACCAGUGAAAUUGAAUAAAGUGAGUGAGUGAGUGAGUGGUGUUACAGCUCAGUUGGUUAGGGAUUUAUCCAAUAGAGUGUGUACAUCCAGGACUUUGCAGGUUUGCAAUUUCAAGUUACAGUGAUGACGAACUAUGGCGUGAAACUCACACACACAAUUGCUUCUUUUGACUCAGGAGUAUAGACACGUACCUGGUCUUUGACUGAGGGACUAAGCGCCCAUCGCAUGUGGCGUGACAUCAGCCACUGGGGUCUAGGUGAGACUUUGGGUGCUCACACUACGGUUGGCUUCACAAGCUGGUGCUCCUGUGAGUACCUGGCCUGGCUCCAGGAGAUUUUUAGCACAGGCCCACACAGGAGCCCGGCUAACAUGGGGUGUGACCAGUGUUUGGCAGCUCCUAACGUUUAGUUGUGUGUGUAUAUGGUGUGUGUGUGUGUGCGUGCGUGCGUGCGUGCGUGCGUGCGUGUGUGUGUGUGUGUGUGGUUCUUAGUU